AUGCUUAUUCCAUUCUCUUUUGAGGAUUUGGAUUUAGAUAAAUAUGAUUACAAUAAUGAGUAUGGAGGUUUAAUUGAAGAAGCAUAUGAUAACAAUGAAUUGGAUUUAAAUGAUUUUUUAAUUAACCAAUUAGAAAUUCAAACCCAAUUACAAAGUGAUAAAAUUCAAGAAGCACAACUAAAAAUUGCUGAAAGUCAAAAAAAACAAUUACUUGACACUAAAAUUCAAGAAACUCAAUCAUCUGACUUUGAAAUUAAUGAAGCUCAAUCACACAAACAAAAAAAAUUCCAAAGAUUCCAAGGCUAA